AUGAUUGACGCCCCCACAGUUGCUCAAGUUGACUCAGGGUUGGAGGGUGAUGUUUCGACCUUUGGCCAAAGUCUUGACGCAUUUGGGUUCUCCAACCUCAACCCCAGCCAGUUGCAGAACAGCUGCGUCUCGGUCACCAUCGCGAAGCUCCUCGCCUUUCGCGACGUACACCAUUUUUGGCGAGACACGAUUGGGGGGGACCUGCCAGACACUGAGCUGACACUGGACGAUAUCCAAGAGCUGCUCCGCCGGACUCGAUGGCAGUUCAAAUGGCGAGCAUACAAGUCCGAAGCUGGCAAGUCGGCGUACAGCUUGCUGCUCAAGGACAUGUACGCACCCAAGCCUGACACUGGCAUUCUUUGGGGCACCCUCUACACUCGCGAUGGCAGGCCAGGCCACUGCGUGGUUUCUGGUCCGUUAGCCCACAUCGGCUCGCUUCCUAGACCGACAGGCAAGUCGCUCGACAACCACAUGUUCACUUGCUACCAGUCCGACACAUACGGCGUCAACGUCGAACAUGAGGUGCAAGCUGCCGAGAAGCUCUUGCUGUUCUUCCUGUACUGCCCCCGCAAGGCCCCCCAGUGGAAGGAGUAUCUUGAUCGAUCGUACUGGAGGAUGAUCGAGCGCAGGGAGGAUCCGCUCUGGCAAGAGCGCUGGCUAGAGACAGUCAAUCGCGCUCUCGCCGCCUUCGGCGUUGAGCCUAUUCCCACAUUCCCGGCCAGUGACGGAGUUGGCUACCGGAAUGGGACCCCGGGAACUCAGUUGUUGUCACGACUUACCGCGAUUCUGGCUUCUGUCGGAUGUUAA